AUGUACCGUAGACCGCAGUUUGAUAGACUCAAUCCUCGUAAUGUCCUCCCUAGUCGACACACCCUCUUUAUUAGAGGGCUUCCAGGGACAACAGAUGUAACUAAAGUGAAGGACUUUUUCUGUAAUGAAACAAAUUCCAGGUGCUCUGUAGAAUUUUUUUCUACCUCAGAAGAUAAGAAGAGAUUCUCAGUCGCCAUACGGUUUAAGUCCCACGAGAUUGCCAGCGAAAUGCUUCGUCGACACAACGGUAAAACAAUGUUUGGUUACCCUGUAGAGCUAACUUGGUUCAAGGACCUCAAAAAAGCUAGAGCAAAGAUGUAUGAGGAGCGGCGUCAGGUUAGACGCUUUCCUCCAAACCAACGGGGUUUCCGAGGCCCAGAAAAGAGUAUCCCAUCUCCUGGAAACUAUGGUGAUGCUAGACGUAUCCGAACAGGCUCUUCCUCUUCAGGCGGUCGGGGGUAUAGAGAUAACGGCAGAGACCGUAGAAGCAUAGAUCGCAGAAGUGCGGAUCGUAGGAGCUUAGACCGUAGAAGCAUGGAUCGUAGAAGUACAGAUAGAAGAAGCACGGAACGCAGCACAGACAGAAGAAGCACGGAACGAAGAAGUGUGUCAAGAAGUCGAUCAUUCACAGGAUCAUCGUCAAGGAGCGCUAGUAAUUCAGGACGAUCUCGGUCAAGAUCAGUGUCUCGUACAAGGCAUUCUUUGCCUUCAAAUCCGGGGGAUUCAAUGCAUGCAAGUGAAUCUGAAUUUAAUGGUCACAUCUACGACGAUCGACGUGCCUCUCGCAACAUCUCUCGCCAUUCUCAUGAUCGAAGUAGUAGCAGUAGUCGAUCUUCAGAGGGGCGAAAGCGUCAAGGUUCAUCCAAACGUCGCUCGUCAAAUAGGAAUAAUGAACAGUAUGAUCAUAGUGCAGACGAAAACUCAUCUCCAGAUUACCAAACGCGAAGAAACCAACAAGUUUCAAGGUCACCCUCAAUGAGCGAACGAAACCUUGCUUUCUCAAAUGCUCCUGCUCCUAAUCCGGAAGACGGGUCUUCAUUGGGUUUUGAACAGAUAUCUGUCCGAGGUGGCAGUUUUUCUAGAAAAACACGCCACUCUUCAGAAAAUUCAUCUUCAGGUGCCUCGGUCGCUAGUUCCAAUGGUGCUUUCGAUUCCCCGAGAAAUCGCAGUGGACGCAAACGGAUGCAUUCGAUUUCACCACCCUAUAAUGACGUUCGUAAUCGUACCACCAAGUCCAAGACUGAAGCCGCUUCAAAUAGUGAUGAAAAAAGCCAACCUGCAGUUGAAUCACAGAAACGUAGAAAAACAAGGAAUACCCAUUCACCAGCCAACAACAGCACAGAAUCUCUUCCUGAACCACCCCAUACUCGGAGUAAAACUCAACGAACCAGUCUUCAAAAAACACCGAGAGUCGAAAACUCAACAACGAUACGUCAAGCAAAUGCCGAUCAUAAACAGAGACCAAGUGCUGUCAAAGCAAAUAAAAAAUCUGCAACUAAAGAUUCUCCCCCAACGAUUGAAAAAAAAACUUCGAAGAAUAGUCACAAUUCUCGACGCUCGGAUACUGCACGUUCUCCACUGUCUUUAACAUCACGUGCAACCAAACGUUGGCGAACUCCAGAAGAUGAAGUCAAUGAUGACCAUCUCCAUAAAGAGGAGAAAUGGCCCUCAACUAUCAAUAAAUCGGCUAAGCUAAAGAAAAAGUCUGCCGUUUCGUCGGCAAAUAACUCUAGCGAUAAUGAUCAUUCAGAUACUUCGAAAGUUGAUGGUAAUCAAGUGACCAUCUCAAGAAAUAACAAUAUUAAAGCAAAAGAAUCUUUGAAACCGUUAUUUAAAAAGUCCAGUUCAUCCUCGAACAGUAACAAUCAGUCAGUUACCGUCGGCUCUGCAUCAUCUGUCAAUAAUGAAGAAAAUGAGUCAGGUGAUUGUUCAGAUGAUGUAAUGAAUCUGAUUCGUGAUCGUAAAGAUGCACUGGCAGAGGAUUAUAAACGGGAUUGCGAGGCAUUCACUACAGUCGUUCGCAUGCUAAUAAGCAAAGAUCAAGAUCUCGAAAGCCGUCUUAUGCCAAUGCUCAAAGAAAUCUUACAUGAAAGAGGCCAACGGUGCAUAGAGGAUUUGCGGACAUUUAUUUCAGAUCAUCAAGUCAAUGAAGCAAACAUGAAUGAAUUUAAAGAGAAAAAUCAUAUUGACUAG